AUGUCGUGUCACAUUUACGAGGGGCCAGACCCCGAAACGAAGACCGUCCGGUUCUCAACAAGACCGCAACAAGACCGAGAGGAGAGAGUGGUAGAGAUCCAGCAGAGCGCGGACGGUGGACUGCUGGAACCUCAUCAAGUGGCCCGCAGACCUCAGACCUGGUCCGGUCCAAACCCAGUCUGGUUGAUGAUCAUCGCGUCCGGUCUCUUUCUGCUCUGUGUGAUCCAGCUGUUUGCCGUGGUCUCCCGCACCUACCACUGGUGUCUGUGUCCUGAGCACUGGACUCGUUUUCACUGCAGCUGUUUGUCUGUGUUUCUGGAGAAGAAAACCUGGAACCUGAGCCGCGCUGACUGUGAGCAGAGUGGAGCUGAUCUGAUCGUAAUCGACAGCAGAGAGAAAGAGGUAAAGUGCAAGAACAGCGCCCUCUUUGGAGAGGAGCACACACAGCUCUGGUUUGAAUGGUUUUUGGUCCACUACCUCCUCAUGAAGAGACAUGUGUUGGUUUGA